AUGGGGCUGUCCAGAGCGACCGUGUGGCCUGUAGUGAAAUACCGAGUUUGGACUCUUUUCGACUGUUCACUCCGAGAGGGUGUUGUACCGCACCAGUGGAGAAGCGCCAAGAUCAUCCCGCUCAAAAAGCCAGACAAAGGAGACUACACAAUAGCUAAGGCCUGGCGACCAAUAUCCCUUCUGUCAACACUAGGCAAGAUAAUGGAAGCAGUUAUCGCAGAAAGGAUAUCCUACGCCGUUGAGGCUUGUGGACUUUUGCCCGCAAACCACUUCGGAGCGAGAAAGAGACGGUCAGCUGAGCAAGCGCUCUUGCUUCUGCAGGAACACAUAUACAAGGCAUGGAGGGCCGGAAAGGUGCUGAGCUUGAUAAGCUUUGACGUGAAAGGCGCUUACAAUGGUGUGUGCAAAGAGCGCCUGCUGGAAAGGAUGAAGGCGAGGGGCAUACCAGACAGACUAGUCCGUUGGGUAGGCGCCUUCUGUUCAGAUAGGACAGCCUCUGUGGUCGUAAAUGGAUAUGCGUCUGAACGCCGGGUGUUAGCCCAGGCCGGCCUGCCGCAGGGGUCACCGUUAUCGCCAAUAGCGUUCCUGUUCUUCAACGCAGACUUGGUGCAAAGAAAGAUCAACGCUAAUGGUGGUUCAAUCGCCUUUGUGGACGACUAUACAGCUUGGGUGACGGGACCAACCGCAGAGGAAAACCGAGCGGGCAUUCAGUCAAUCAUUGACGAUGCGCUCAAGUGGGAGGCACGCAGCGGCGCAACAUUUGAAGCAAACAAAACGGCCGUGAUUCACUUCACGAGGACUGCGUCGCGGUCCAGUGACGACGCAUACCUAAUAAAAGGAAAAGAGGUCAAGCCGAAAAGUAGUGUGAAGGUCCUAGGGGUAGUUAUGGACACGAACCUGCGGUACAAGGAACACAUGACCAGAGCGGCUGCCAAAGGCCUCACGGCUGCCCUAUGCUUGAGGAGAUUGAAGAUGCUUUCACCCCGAACGGCUAGACAACUUUUUGUGUCGACCGUCGCGCCUGUCGUGGACUACGCGUCGAGUGUGUGGAUGCACUCCUGUGGUGCGCAGGAAUUGGCAUGGCUAAAUAGAGUGCAGAUGGUGGGUGCACAGGCGAUCACGGGGGCCUUCAGCAAGGUGGCCACAGCAGUGGCCGAAGCAGAAGCCAGUAUCCAAACGGUCCAGGAACGACACACCCAAGCGGCAACAAGGCUCUGGGUCAACGUUUGCACACUCCCGCAGACACACCCACUGGCGAGAUCGAAAUACAAGUCGAAACGACGAUUCGUGUCGCCAAUGCAGAAAAUCGCCAUGGCAAUGGCAAAGACUGACACGGAACGCUUGGAGACAAUCCACGAGUAUACAAUACCACCCUGGAGUGAUCGUAUACCCGUAGUGGGCGAGCAUUAUGAUUAUGUGGAAACAGACAGGACACCAAACGACGUAAAAGGCAUCAUCAUCGCCACUGCCUCGUCACAAAAAGGUGACACGGUGGGAAUGGGAGGUGUUGUACGUGACACAACGAUCAACAGCCCCGGCGAGGUCCUGGCUAGCUAUUGCGUCACCAUUGGAACACGGGAUGAACAGAAUCCGUACACGGCGGAACUGGCAGCUAUUGCGAUGGCGCUUAAAUGCAUGCCUGCAGGGCUCCAUCGUCGGGAUCUGACAGUCAUGACAAGCAACCGAUCGGCACUACAAGUCAUCCGACGACCACGGCAACAAUCGGGCCAGUGCACUAUACGCCAGAUAUACGAACGUACCCAGUAUCUUCAAAGGAGGGGCUGUUCUGUUUCACUCAUGUGGGUGCCAGCGGAGGACGAAGGUUUUACACUAAGAGCGCUCGCCAAGACAGAAGCGAAGAGAACGGCAAUGUGCGAGGAGACAUCAGACGUACAACCAUAUCAAGCUAGAUCCACAAAGCUACGGCUGGCCAAAUUGGCCCAACAACAAGUAAGGAAACUGCCGGAGGGAGUUGGCAAAUACUCGAAACAGGUAGACACGGCAUUACCGGGAAAGCAUACGCGAGAAUUGUAUGAUCAACUGAACAGAAGAGAAUCGGACAUCCUAGUCCAACCACGAACGGGUAUGGCAAGGCUCAACGGCUUCCUCCACAGGAUUGGGGCAGCGGACUCAAGCCUGUGCGAGUGUGGUCAAUCAUCGGAAACAGUAGAACACUUUCUGUUUCGAUGCAGAAAGUGGACAGCGCAACGGAAGAUCUUACUCGAUUGCUCAGGGGAAAAGAUAGGGAACCUCUCAUAUUUCUUGGGAGGGAAAGCACGGUCUGACAAUGACAAAUGGAAACCAGACAUGCGAGCCGUGAAAGCAGUGAUCAAAUUUGCGAUGGCAACGGGGAGACUCGUACGGGACCAACGACCACCGGACUAG